AUGACUUUACCAUGUAUGAAGCUGCUUCUCCUGAUCGGCUUCUUGAUAUGUCGUGCCUCGGCCGAUAUCUUCUCGUCGAUGGCCACAAUGAAGGCACUUGUUGGAGCCGAAAAAGAUAUACCAGUAAUGAUCAACGCUUACAUUGAGAGGGAAAUGGAACGACUCGAAUAUCUUCGCAGAUUUGCGGAUGAUGUUCAGCAACGUAACGACAACGCAAUCGCCGAUGGUGAAGAGUCGAUAACGCAUCCAAUUAACGCGUUCUUGUUGAUUAAAGAGAUGACCACUGACUGGAGAAAAGUCGUCAAUGUGAUGUUGUCGAAUUCAGCCGAAGAGUUCAUUCGUAACGCUACACAUCAGAGAAUCAUGAAACAUAUCAGAUAUCCCACUGAUGCGUUUGAUGAUAAUCUAGCAUGCAAUUCGUUCGUUGUCUUUAAGGAGGAUCUUGCUGGAGCAGCCAUAGGUUUGUUGCGUCUUCAAGACACCUAUCGAAUGGACACAACAGAUAUUGCUAAC